AUGUCGUAUGCGACAGCCCUUCUGGUGCGUCUAUUUCGGGACUUGUGGUGCCCAACACCUAACAUGGCUACGUUGGCCGUAUCCGAGCGGCCCUUUGUCUCCGCCCUGCUCCAGGAUAGAUACUUCACCGAGAAAGGGAAACACGAGACCGAUACUAAUACCCAUCUGGCAGGAGGCGAUGAGCAGCCGAAGCCAGGCAACUUCUUCGACGCCGUGCCGCCUCUCAUAACCCCAUUGAAACUCAACACUUCGAGUCACGGGACUGACAGUGGGAAAUUGGAUCAUUCCCAUCACACUAUGGCUGACCCUUCCGCGACCUUUGAGGCCGAUGUGGCGGCUUACGUAGAAGAGCAAGCGAAGGCCGUUGAAAGUGCUGUAGAGUCUAAUCAGGAGUUUCUCCAUGAGGAAAUCCACGAUGAAGCUCCCGAGGAAACUUUUGCGCAUGACUACGAUGAUGAA